GAAAAACAGCAGUUAGAUUCCAACAUUCAUCUCCAGGUGAAGGUGGUGCCCUGCUGUGGAGAGGCCUACCCGCCACAGUAGCCUGGGAAGGAAGCCUGAGAUCCUGCCAAGAGGGCAAGGCCAUUUACACGUACACCAGUGGUUCAAAACUAGGGGCAACUUUGCAUCUCGUCACCAUAAUUUGAGGGCUUCCUAGGUGGCUCAGUGGUAAAGAAUCUGCCUGCCAAUGCAGGAGAUGUGGGGUCAGUCCCUGUGUUGGGAAGAUAGCCUGGAGAAGGAGAUGGCAACCCACUCCAGUAUUCUUGCCCGGGAAAUCCCAUGGACAGAGGAGGCUGGUGGGCUGCAGUCCAUGGGGCCAUAAAGAUUCAGACACAACUUAGCAAUGGAGCAUGCACGAAGCCCCAAAUCUGACAAUGUCUGAAGACUGGGGGCAGAGGCUGUUAUUGGCAUCUAGUGGGUAGAGGCUAGGGAUGCUGCUCAACAUCCUACAGAGCACAGGGCAGCCCCUCAUCAUCAAGAAUUAUCCAAGCCAGAAUGUCACCAGUGUACACCCUCCUAGGCACACUCGUGGGGCAGCUCCAGGCAGGAGGACUCCUUAGCAGCACAAGUGACUCCCAAAGCCCAGCUAGAAACAACCCUUAAGGUUUUUCAACAUGCUUGAAAAAGCAUGGCCCACUCCCCUCAGAAGCCAUGGACCACAUACAGGACUAGCUGGGGAAGAUUACUGGGUGCAUGGGGAUCAACUAGCACCCUUCCUCAAGUGGCUUCCCCAGAGAUAACAGGAGAACUUAGUCCGUUCCAGCGUGGAAGCUGGAUGGAGACUUUUAAAGGGAUCCUGGUAUCUAGAAACCUCCCACCCACAGCAGGAAUCAGCAUCUCAACCUCUCUCCCCACCACCCAUCACCACCCUUGGGGCCUGUAGAGCAGAAAUAAACAUUGCCUAGAGUUUGGGGGAGAAUGGAUACAUGUGUACAUAUCGCUGAGUCCCUUCGCUGCUCACCUGAAACUAUCAGAACAUUGUUUUUUAAUUGGCUAUUCUCCAAUACAAAAUGGGCUUCUUGUGUGGUGCUCAUGGUAAAGAACCCACCUGCCAAAGUGGGAGACAGAAGAGAUGUGGGUUCGAUCCCUGGGUCAGGAAGAGCCCCUGGAGGAGGGCAUGGCAACCCACUCCAGUAUUCUUGCCUGGAGAAUCCCAUGGACAGAGGGGCCUGGUGGGUUAUAGCCCAUAGGGCUGCAAAGAGUCAGAAAUGACUGAGUGACUGAGCACACAGGCAAUACAAAAUAAAAAGUUUUUUAAAAAGAGAAAGAAACAUCCCAAAGGUACAGAGUAGGGGGCUGGAAGCCCAGUGGGACCAAGCAGGUUGCUCUCGAAACUCAUAAACUUGUUCAUUAGCCUGCCAAGAAAGGAAGUGGCUGAUCCUUCCUGAAGUCUGAUGGAGAGCAUCCCCAAGUCCAGCUUCAGCAGUCUUAUUAAACACCCCCUGCUGUGACUCAGGGCCCUCACAUGGUUACUCCAAAACAGACAGCCAUUCAGAGAUUACAUGGGGGUCAUGUGCAAGGGAGACAGAUCCCAGAAAGAGCAGUGAGUCAUUAUUAAAAACUCCAAGGCCCACAGUUCAGAGGUAGACACUCAGCUUGGGGCAGAUCCACUGAUCUGUGCCCUUCACCUUCUUCCUAUAGACCAGAAAGCAUGCUGAGCUGAGCUCCGGUGCUGAAGGACAAGACCACCAUGGAGCCCGGCAACUUUCUGCUGAGGUUUGCAACCAAGACCCCCAAACAGCUUACAGGUCCUGGGAAGAGUGGUCCUGAAUUCUCUCCACUGCCCUCCCAGCUGUGGAACGUCCGCUGGGCUCAGGCAACACUUAAGGAAAGGGUCAAAGCAGGUUCAAAUGCUGAAUUUUCAUCAAAUUCUAAAAUUUUGGACAAAGGUCUGGCUAAACUCUUUGAAGAUGAUCCAACAGAUGAUCAAAAUCACAACCCACCACAUGUGGAAAACAUCUCCCAAACUCUCCAAAGAUUGUCAGAUCACAUUGCAGGGGAGCAGAGGGAUCAAGAAUCCUCUCUCUUUAACAGGGAUGUGAGUGAUACGCAAUCAACGACCAUCAAUAAGGGGAAGCAUCAAGAAGCAGUCAGUCCAGAUGUUCCAAGCAGGGGCAUGCCGUGCUCACAGCUUCUGCAGUUCCUCCAGAAGAACAUCAUCGUCGCCGCCGUCUCGGUGGUGGGGAUCGCCGUGGCCGCGGUGCUGCUGCUCCUGGCGCUGCUCGUGUACGUCAGGAAGAGUCGGUCGCUACAUUCUCCGGCAGACAUGACAUACAAUAUUUUUAUAAUGAAUGGAAAGACUUGGUGGCAAAAGUCUCAAGACAAGAAGACCAAAAAACAUGCAGGAAAACAGAAACAGCUGAAGUUAAAUUCCGGUAUCUAAGCCAGGUGGUGAGGCCAGCCAACCAGCACCUAAAGCUGUGAUGUGAGGUGAUUCUCCAUCCAGACGCAUGGAAAGGCAUUUGGAUUUCUGACUGUGAGGUGCACCCUAAAAAGUGUACCUUUUCCUCUCAAUUUUGAAUGGACCAAGAAAACAGUUUUGACCACAGAUUGCUCAUAAUGUUAACAGCAUUAAUGGCUAAUACAGGAGACUUAGCACAUUUCCCCAGAGACUAACCUGACAAAACAAUGGAUUGAUUUAUUUAUUGAUAA